AUGGUUCUCCGAUGGGCUGUUUCAUUGAAAAAGUCAGAACUAUUGUCGCAUUUUGAACUGUUAUUUCGGAAUGCUCUUUCUUGUCUUCCUAAUGAGGUGUUCACCAAACAAGCACUCUUCCAUUUUCGUGAUGAUUCUCUCGCUUCAGUAGUUGGACAAUUGCUUAUAAGAUCUGCUAUCGUUCAUGAAACGAAUUGUAGGUGGGAAGAUGUCCUGAUUACUAAAGGACAUAGAGGUAAACCCAUGUCGGCCGUAGCUCAAGCUGCUCAAUUGGAUUUCAAUAUUUCUCACCAGGGAGAUUAUGUAGUUCUAGCCACGAGUCGUAGCGCUUCAAUAGGAGUGGAUGUGAUGAGAGUCAAUGAAGAGAGAGAUCGAAAUUCUCUGGAGCAUAUCGAGAGAAUGAGCAAACUCUUCACAGAUAGAGAGCUGAAUUAUAUGAAAAGCAACUCAACUGACCAAGAAAGAUGGCAAGCCUUUUAUAGAAUUUGGUGUUUGAAGGAAUCUGUUCUUAAAGCAACAGGAACCGGGUUGGUAGACAACUUAAGAAACUUUUCUUUCAAAGUUGAAGAGUCUGAGAAAUUCGAGCCAGGCUGUUCAAUAACAACAACACAAUUUUAUGAGAAGGACGUUCAUCAAGAAAAUUGGUUGUUCGAAGAGUCGUUCGUUGACAACGAGCAUUGCGUAGCGGUAGGAAGAUUGUUUAACGAUACCAAAACAAUGUUGGAAUCCAAGGAGAGCUUGAAGCAGAAGUUCGUAAGAUUCGAAAUAAAAUCUUUGGAAGAAUUGCUGUCUCGUUCCACAUCGCUGCAUGACACAUCAGAAGAUGACAUAACGGAAGAAUAUUCAAGAUUUAUUCGAAAACCUUGCAAAAAUAAACAAUAA